AUGCCUUUAAUCGCAGCAGCUCCGCAAACCCGUGUCAUCCUGGGUCUGAUGACCUUUGGAACGGAUGAGACUGCUGGCGCUCGUAUAACCGAUAUCAACGAGUUCAACAAGUGCCUGGACACCUUUCAAGCUCGGGGCUAUAACGAGGUUGACACGGCACGAGUCUACGUUAAUGGCCAACAGGAGACCUUCACGAAAGAGGCCAAAUGGAAGGAGCGUGGACUGACACUUGCCACCAAGUUCCAUUAUCCCGCCCAGGAUGGGGCCAAUCAAGCAGCUAAGGUUGUUGAUAGUUUGGAAACGAGCCUGAAAGAGCUCGGUACGGACUGUGUUGAUAUCAUCUACUUGCACGCAGCCGACCGCGCGACACCUUUCGCUGAGACACUCGAAGCAGUAGACAAGCUACACAAGGCGGGCAAAUUCGUACGAUUCGGCAUCUCUAACUUCACGGCUGCCGAGAUAGCGGAGGUAGUGCUGACGUGCAAGUACAACAAUUGGGUGCGGCCUACAAUCUACCAAGGCAUGUAUAACUGCAUUACGCGAGGUAUCGAAGCCGAGCUGGUCCCGGCAUGUCGGCGAUACGGGCUAGACAUCGUGGUAUACAACCCGAUUGCGGGCGGCUUGUUCAGCGGCAAGAUCCGCAGCAUAGAUAUCAAACUCGAAGAUACCAGCCGAUUUGGCACGAAGGGCAACACAGGUGCCAACUAUCGUGGACGGUAUUUCAAGGAGAGUACAUUUCGAGCCUUACAGACGGUGGAGAAGGCGGUGGAGAAGCACGCGGGUCUGACGAUGAUCGAAACUGCUCUGCGGUGGAUAGUGCACCACAGCCAAUUGAAAAUCAAGAACGGCAAUGACGGUAUUAUUAUUGGCAUCAGUUCGCACGACCAGCUCGUUAGCAACUUGGAUAAUCUGGAGAAAGGCCCGCUGCCAGAGGAUGUGGUGACGGCACUAGAUGAGGCAUGGAAAAUCGCGAAAGCAGAUGCACCUAACUACUGGCAUAAAGAUUUAGUGUACAAGUAUGACACGCAAGAAGCGUUAUUUGGGACCAAUGCGAAAUAA